AUGAGUACGAGUUCUCAACCCUCCUACUCAGCCCCUGGACUGGCAGGCCCUCCUCCUCCUGUCAUGGUCAAUAGCCGGCCCCACUGCCCGCGUUGUUUCCGCUGUAUCAGGGUCAAGUACUGCGAGAACGGAGAGGCUCAUCACCUUCAUCGCUAUUUCUUAACGUGUCAUGCACCGGGACAUCCGACGUACUGGCACUGGUGUGAUCGCGACGAGCCUGACCCUGAGCUCGUUGCAUAUUAUCAUUCUAUGCUCCCGGAGAUGUCUUCUAGCGUUAGCUCCUCAUCACUCGGCACCUCCUCCUCUGCGUCUAUGUUGGGGCCACCUACAGCUGCUGGACAGCCCAAUGCCCACUCUAGCUCAUCCACCCCAUCGUUUUCUAAUCCUCAUUCACUUCCGCCACCCACCUUGUCGCUUCCAUCCGCCCCUCAGCUCCCUCCUCUCGCGCACCCUCACGCACACCCUGCUGACGACACUAAAUGUGCUGCUGACGACACUAAAUGCGCGUUCGCACCGUGCCCCAAGUUGCGCCCGCUCAAGAAUUAUCGCUGCGAGCGCGGCAUGUGCAAGACUCAUUGCAAUGACCAUGGCGGCUGCAGGACUGCCAAGGGUCACCGCCCUGAGCAGGCAGGGAAGCGUCAGCCCUCCUGCAACUCUCGCUCCCUCUUCUGUGUCGACCGCCCAGUGGCCCAUUGA